AGAGCGGAAAAACCCAAAGCCUCUGUUCUGGGCACAAAAGCCUCGCGAAAUUCGAUCACUCCUCUCUGGUGUUUCAUUUCACCAGUCUCCUCUCUUCGAGGACAUGGAUGUGUCUGGGUCGAUAGAUUCCGGAGCCUCCGAGUUUACCCUUGCUGAGAUAGUUGAGAUGGAAAAAAUAUACAAGGAUAUAGGAGGAAAGACUCCAAAUCCAGAGAUUUGCCAAGGGGUCGCGACCAGUUUUAAUUUCUCAGCAGCUCGUACGUGGAAACCGGCCAUUAGUUGGCAAGAGGUGCAAAGUUGGUUCCAAGAUAAGCAAAGUCGGACAGGUGCCAAACAGAAGGACUCGAAGAUGGCCCUUGGAGUAUUAGUUGAUCUAUCUCAUGCACAUAUAUCUGGAUUUAUACCUGAAAGUUCACAAAAGCGAAGAGGCAUAACGACCUCGGAUCUUUCAGAGUUGGCAUUUGAAGCUAAAUCAGCAAGAGAUAAUGCAUGGCACGACGUUGCUUCUUUUCUGACGUAUAGAGUUAUGUAUACCGGUGAACUUGAAGUGCGUGUGAGAUUUUCUGGGUUCAAUAACUCGGAUGAUGAGUGGGUGAAUGUGAAAAGAGCAGUGCGUGAGAGAUCUAUUCCCUUGGAGCCUUCAGAAUGCCACAGGGUCAAGGUUGGAGAUCUGGUUCUGUGCUUCCAGGAAAGGCUAGAACAUGCACUCUACUGGGAUGCCUAUGUGGUGGAAAUCCAAAGGCAUCUACACGACGGAAGUGGCUGCAAAUGCAUAUUUGUGGUUCGCUAUGACCAUGACAACGCUGUGGAAAGGGUUCAUCUGGAGAGGAUAUGUUGCAGGCCAUCCAGGUAAAAACUAAAAUCCGAAUUAACACCCCUAUUGAUAACUGUAUACCAAAAACUGCUGGUGUUCAUUGUUCUAGUACCACAAUCAUUACAAAUUUGUUAAACUCAUUACUGCUUUCAUUGAUGAUCUAGAUUGAGAUGCAUUGAAAUAUUUACAAAUUUUAGUAA